AUGUCUGUAUCCGAAUACACCUUGCGGUGUAAUUUCCACAAGUGCCGGGCCAGGCUGAGUGGGUUUGCAUGGGUCACGGCCUGUUGUCAUAUAUUCUGUGAUCAACACGGCUCGGAUGAGUUCAGCCGCACGCCUGCCAUCUGUCCGACAUGCUCCUCCAUGCUCUCGGGCAAACUGGACGUGAUGCGGGUCGAGCUGGCUCCAUCAGAGCGGUACAAGUCCAUGGUUCUAGUCGGACUGAAGCCUCACACGGUUCUGGAGAUCUGUCAGAAAGCACUGGAGUUCUGGACCUACCAGGUGCACCAGGAGAGGUUGCUAAUGGAGUACAAAUUGUCCCAAGCUGGAGGACAAGCGGUUCAGAUGGAGAAGUUUAUGACCCAGCAGAACCAGAGCAGAGAGCUUGAGUUAAAUGCGUUAAGAGGGGAGAUAGCAUCAUUAAAGAAGGUGCUGGAGGAAUAUAAGCGGAAGUACAGUGAGGUUUUGGAGCGAUUGAAUGAACGAAACAGGCAAUACCAGAAGCUGCAGGGACUUUUUGACUCACUGCGGUUGCACACUCUGGGGACAGGAGAGAAAGACAUCGUGCCCAACACUUUCACUACAGGGUUGGCCAAACAACGCUCUCCCCAUAGCAGUCCUUCCUUCCUAGCACCAGAGGGUGACAGGUUCUUUUCACUGGGACCAGAAAAUGCUAACGCUUUCUUCCAGUUCAGCUCACCAUCCCGGGACAGGACCCACACUUUUAUUAAGAAAAACUAACUUUUUGUUUAGUUUUUCAGUGUUCCAGUUUGUGUUUUGCAAUAAAAUCACUUAAGAUUGAUUUAUAAACUGGUGUUAAACUGACAUGCGUUAGCAUGUAUCAGUCUUUUUUCUUUAAUUCAGUCAUUCUGAUUUAAGUUCUAAUUGUACAGACAGAUCUGGUUGUUAAUGUUUAGUUCUUCAUGUUCAUUGUAAAAUAUGUUAUUUAUUGGUGAUAAAGCUGUCACACACUGUUUGUAAAAGGUGUAAACACAUAAUCUGAAAAUGCUCCAAGCAUGUUUCCUCUAAUGCAAGCAACCUUGUUCUGG